AUGGCAGAAGGCGUCCUGUUCAACUUUGCUGGAAAACUCUUGGUGGGUCUGGCAUCAUUGGCUCACCAAGAACUUGGUUUGCCCUGGGGUGUCAAAGAGGAAAUCACCAAGCUCAAAGACACUUUUUCCUUGAUCAAAGGUGUGCUUCGUGAUGCUGAGGAGCAACAAAGAAACAACAACCAUGAAGUGACGGUCUGGCUCGGACAGCUCAAAGAUCUGCUUUACGACGUGGAUGACUUGCUCGACGAUUUUUCCACAGAAGCUUUGCGGCGAAAGAUAAUGAGGGGGAAUGAAAUGGUAAAAAAGGUACGCGUUUUCUUCUCCAAAUCAAACCAGCUUCCAUAUAGUCUCAAGAUAGGUUAUAGAGUUAAAGCCAUUAGAGAGAGGCUAGAUAAAAUUGCAGCCGAUGGAACCAAAUUUCACUUUACUGACAGCCCGAUUGUAAAACUGCUGCUACAAUCCAAACUUGAAGAAAAUGUUUCAAUUGUUCCCGUAAUAGGGAUUGGAGGAUUAGGAAAGACUACAUUAGCUAAAAUGGUAUUCAACGAUAAAAAUGUUGGAGAACAUUUCCAGCUAAAAUUGUGGGUUUGUGUCUCAGAGAAGUUUGAGCUAAAACUCAUUGUGGAAAAAAUCAUUGAGGCUGCAACUGGAAGCAAACCUGAAAGGGACCUCCAGAUGGAAACACUGCAAAAUAUUCUUCGAGGAAACAUUAAUGGAAAGAAGUACUUGCUAGUCCUAGAUGAUGUAUGGAAUGAGGUCCGUGAAAAGUGGCUCAAUUUGAGAAAUUUGCUAUUAGGUGGUGCAAGGGGAAGUUGGAUUGUUAUCACUACUCGUAGUGGGCUGGUUGCAGAAAUCACAAGCACAGUUUUACCACAUGAGCUUGAAGGAUUGUCAAAAAGCCAAUCAUGGUCACUACUGAAGCAAAUGGCAUUUAAAGAACAAAGCCACGAAUCUAAUGCUUCACACUUUGAAGCAAUUGGAAUGGAGAUUGUAGAGAAGUGUAAAGGGGUCCCUCUUGCCUUAAGGGCGAUAGGAAGUGUACUAUUUAAAAGAACAGAAGCUGAAUGGGUAAAGGUGAAGAAUAAUAUAGUUAAGUAUAUAACUCAACAAGAAAGUGGUAUUAUGCCAGUUUUAAAGUUGAGUUAUGAUCAUCUUCCACCACAUUUGAGGCAAUGUUUUGCCUAAUGCUCUUUAAUUCUGA